UGUGUUGUGUCAAACCCUAAUUUGGGUCCUCCUAUUCGAGCGUUACCGGCAACUUGCUAUCUGUCACGUCAAUUUUUGUUUUUGUUUCGCAGAACACGUGCGGAAGAUUUUCGUGGAACCGCGGGAUCCGUUCGAUAAUCUCCUGCUGAAAAUGGAGCUGGUGGAAGUUAAAACGACCGCUGAGAAGGGAAGAGGUCUCUUUGCCCGGCAGCCGAUCAAGGCGGGAACAGUUCUGUUCGAAGAGUCUCCGCUGGUAUCGAGCCAGUUUUGCUGGAACGCAGCUUACGGGUAUUUGGCUUGUGAGUACUGUCUGCGGCCGCUGGAAACGGCCGAGUGUAACGUGCGUCGGCUAGCCAGUGACUUUGCCAUUGACCUGCCCUAUCCGGAAUGUUGCCCGGUGCAGGAACAGCUGGAACGUCACACGCGUUGUGCCGAUUGUGGUACGUUGUACUGCAGUCAGGUUUGCCUGAGCGAUGCACUGGAGCGAUAUCAUAAGGGACUCUGUCUGGGAGCCAAUAAGGACAACGCAAGUCAUCCGGUGAACGCGCUGAUCGACUUUUGGAAGAAGACUCACUAUCCUCCGGAAACAUCGAGCAUCCUGCUGAUCAUCAAAAUCAUCGGCAUGUUUAAGCAAAUCCCAGAUGUGCAGAGCAAAUUUGACGAUUUUGUGAGUCAAGCCGUGAACGAGGAUUUAGAAAUCUUUCACAAAAUGUUGGGCAAAGAUUUCGCCAACCAAAUUGAGCAGCUCUACGCUCUGUUGGUCAAUGCGUUCGAACCAACCGCACACGAACGGCUUCAGUGGCUUACGUUGUCCGGCUUCCGGUCGUUGCUAGCCCUAAUCGGCACAAACGGUCAGGGCAUCGGAACGAGUUCGUUCGCUGACUGGGUACGUAAUGUUUCCGAGCUGGAGCUGCAGGACAAACAGCGAGAAACGGUGGACGCCUUGAUCGAUGGCCUGUACACCAAACUGGACGACGUGGUGGGGUCUUUCCUGAACAACGAAGGUUCCGCCCUGUACAGCCUGCAGAGCAAGGUCAAUCACAGCUGCGCCCCGAACGCAGAGUGUCAGUUUCCGCACUCGAACAACGUGCUGGCCCUUACGACUGUCCAGGACAUUGCGGCGGGAGAGGAAAUUUGCAUCUCGUACCUUGACGAGUGUGCGCUGGAAAGGUCGCGUCAUUCGCGCCAAAAGAUGCUUCGCGAAAACUAUUUGUUCCAGUGCCAGUGCGAAAAGUGCGAAAGCCAGGUCAACGAUCCGGAUGAAACUUCCGAGGACGAAGACGACGAGGAAGAAAUGGACGAUGACUCUGAUUAGGUAUUUAUGCACGCUUUACCUAAAUUAUAUUCAUAUAUAUAUUGAUA